AUGACGCUCCUCGCCGCCAUCACCAACCCCACCCCGGCCACCACCGCCGCCCACCUCGUGCUCACCCCCGCGCCGCCGCCGUCGCAGCCGCCGCCGACCUCCUCCGCGCUCCCCACCCCGAUCCCACCCACCGUCUGGUCGCUCUCCCCCGCCGACCCAACCCUCGCCACCGCCGCCUCCUCCCUGGCCGCCUCCCUCUCCGCCUCCUCCCUCACCGCCCCGCGCUUCCGCGCCCUCCUCGCCACCUUCCUCGCCGCCCUCUCCCACUCCCUCUCCCUCCCGCCCCCCUCCCCCAACCUCCCCCUCGCGGUCCGCGCCGCCGCCACCUACCUCCCCGCCACCCUCGCCGCCCUCAUCGCCUCCACUGCAUCCCACCUCUCCGACCACGACGUCGUCCUCGCCCUCGCGGACGCCCGCGCCAUCCCGCACCCGCAGUCCGACCUCCUCGCCACCCUCGCCGACGCCGGCCGCCCCGACCUCCUCUGCGCGGUCCUCCGCCAGGCCGCCGACCUCCGCGCCUCCGAGCUCCUCGCCGCGCUCCGCUGCCUCCUCUCCCCGGCCUCCGACGCCGCCUACGACGCCAUGGCGGCCGUCAAGGGCCGCUGGAAGGACGCCGCGCUGCUCGCCGUCAGCAAGUGCAAGGGCAAGAACGCGGGGAAGAAGGAAACCGCUGCCGCGCGCCAGGCCGCCUUGCUGCUCAUGAUGGGCCACGACGGGUUCACCUCCCCCGAGGUCUGCCUGCACUACCUGCUCGCGUCGAGGGCUGCCGACUCCGUCGACUCUGUGGUCCUCGCCGCGGCCGUGUCCGAGCUGGACGGCGCCGAGGUGGCCGCCCUGUUGAGCUACCUCUCCAAGUGGGUAGGCAAGUACUGGAGGUUCCCGGUGGCGCGGGCUUGCCCGACGGAGAUGCCGGGGCUGGAGCAGUGUGAGAGUGUGCCGUCGCUCGGGGCUGUCACCAGGGCCAUGGGGUUGGUGCUGGACCAGCAUUUCUCCCACCUUGUGCUCAACGCGGAACUGCGGAAGGAGUUGUGUGCCGCGGAGGUGAUGGUGAAAGAGCUGGCUGUCGAGGCCGAAUCUUCCGGUCCGAUCCUCGACUUGCUGCACCGUAUGCAGCAAGCUGUGUGAGAGAUUUGAGUUCUUGCUAGUUCUGAUAUUUUUGUCUGGAAACUUUGGUUGCCGUGAUGAUGAAUUAUGUGCUCUAGAAAAUUGUUGCCAUGUUUGCUAAAUUGUAGUGUUGUUUCUGUUGGCAUUUUACAUGUUCUGUUACUACUAGUUAAACAAAUUUAGAGUCAAUAGUUUCCAUAUCCAAAUCAAAUU